CUCCGCUGCUCGCGUCACUCUGAAGGAGGAAGGCGAGCAGCGAGGGUUCGGCUUUGCCCCCCGGACUCGGUUAUUUACCAACACGGACCCCCUCUCCACCCUCGCAGCCGCACUCUACCUCUGAUAAAUGCCAAGAGAAGCCGCACAACCGCCACCAGACACGGACAGCUGCUCGGAGAGGAAAAAAAACACGUGAAAUAAAAGAAAAAGAGCGAGAAAAUAGCAAAAAAACAAAAAAAUACCACAACAAAAGCGCGCGCAGUCGUCGCCGUUGCCUUUUCUUUUUCCUCAAUGCAUACCCUUUGUGCCCGGGGAACCAUGAAGCCAGAGAUCAACGCCGCGGUGGGAUUUCUGUCCAGAUUUCUGCGGGUGAAAGGACACGUAAACGACCGACAGGUCCAGACCUUCAACCAGAGCUUACAGGACAUCCUGGCAGAGCAAUACAAGCACCACUGGUUCCCAGACCGGCCCUGCAAGGGCUCCGGCUACCGCUGCAUCCGCAUCAACCACAAGAUGGACCCGCUGGUGUGGCAGGCGGGCCAGCGCAUCGGCCUGACCAUCCAGCAGCUGUACCUGGUGCUGCCCAGCGAGCUCACGCUCUGGGUGGACCCCUUCGAAGUGUCCUACCGCAUCGGCGAGGACGGCUCCAUCUGCGUCCUGUACGAGUCGCAGCCCGGCCCCGCGCUGAUGCCCGCCAUGGCCGGCAGCGGCCAUGGCGCCGCCUCAGGGAACGGCCCGGUGGUCAGCUCCAUCAGCUGCAAGGAUGAACUGAGGGUUCUGGGCAGAACCAGUCCCUCCAAGGCCUACGGUAACAUGAUGACUGUGUCCAGCUAGACGCUGGCGGUGCAGCGGCGCCGUCAGCAGCCACUUUCGUUCAGGGUCCCGCCGUGGCUGGUCCGAUCAUGGUGAGCCUUUUUAAAGCUAAGAAUAUGAAAUAAAUAGUGAAACAAGAAAAACAGAAGAAAAAAAAAAUCAAAAA